UCCGCCCAGGACUUGGACCGAAACUUAAAACACCCCACUCUCCCGCCAGCCAAACGGCACGGCUCCCUGCUUCCAGCUGGACAGCUGUGUCUCUCAAAAGUCUUCUUCUAAAGCGGCUUCAAGAGGCGCGGGCCUACGGCGCGUUGAACCCCGGAAGUGACGUCUCCCAGAGGGGCCGGAAGUGGCAGUGGAGGGAGGGAAGAUGGCGGAGGUGGGGGAGAUAAUCAAGGGCUGCCGCCUGCCCGUGCUUCGGCGGAACCAGGACAACGAAGAUGAGUGGCCCCUGGCCGAGAUCUUGAGCGUGAAGGACAUCAGUGGCCGCAAGCUUUUCUACGUCCAUUAUAUUGACUUCAACAAACGCCUGGAUGAAUGGGUGACCCACGAGCGGCUGGACCUAAAGAAGAUUCAGUUCCCCAAGAAAGAGGCCAAGACCCCCACCAAGAACGGACUUCCUGGGUCUCGCCCCGGCUCUCCAGAGAGAGAGGUGAAACGGAAGGUGGAGGUGGUUUCACCAGCAACUCCAGUGCCCAGCGAGACAGCUCCAGCAUCGGUUUUUCCCCAGAAUGGAUCAGCCCGUAGGGCAGUGGCAGCUCAGCCAGGACGGAAGCGAAAAUCAAAUUGCUUGGGCACUGACGAGGACUCCCAGGACAGCUCAGAUGGAAUACAGUCAGCGCCACGCAUGACUGGAAGCUUGGUGUCGGACCGGAGCCACGACGACAUUGUCACCCGGAUGAAGAACAUCGAGUGCAUCGAGCUGGGCCGGCACCGCCUGAAGCCUUGGUACUUUUCCCCGUACCCGCAGGAGCUCACCACGUUGCCCGUCCUCUACCUCUGCGAGUUCUGCCUCAAAUACGGCCGCAGCCUCAAGUGUCUGCAGCGUCACUUGACCAAGUGUGACCUGCGACAUCCUCCGGGCAACGAGAUUUACCGCAAGGGCACCAUCUCUUUCUUUGAGAUUGACGGCCGUAAGAACAAGAUAUACUCCCAGAACCUAUGUCUCUUGGCCAAGUGUUUCCUCGACCACAAGACGUUGUAUUAUGACACAGACCCCUUCCUCUUCUACGUCAUGACAGAGUAUGACUGCAAGGGCUUCCACAUCGUGGGCUACUUCUCCAAGGAAAAGGAAUCCACGGAGGACUACAACGUGGCCUGCAUCCUGACCCUGCCUCCCUACCAGCGCCGGGGCUAUGGCAAGCUGCUCAUCGAGUUCAGCUAUGAACUCUCUAAAGUGGAAGGGAAAACGGGGACUCCUGAGAAGCCCCUCUCAGACCUUGGCCUCUUAUCUUCACUCCCAAGGACUGGAGCAAGAGGGGAAAGUGGUGACCGGACACUGGCCACAGCAGUGGCGACAAAGGAGAACUGGGGCUGA